CUGAUCAUCGCACUUCAAAAUAUUUCAAACAUGACUGUGACCGUAUCUGUUUCCGAAAACUCCUCGGUUGGACAAAACCAAAACAGCCAGAAAAAUGGAAUGUCUCCCAUUGAGAUAUCCAUUGAGAAGUUGCCGAAUCUUGCAUCCAACUGGUCAACUUUUCUGAGAGAUAUAACCAACGACAGGAAGCUGCGAGCCGAGAGAAUAAAUCGCCAGUCGGAAGACGUCAUCCAAUUCAUAAACAGAUUUCCUCUUUUGGAAUCUUAAAUACAAACAACCAGUCCUAACAAUCAUACUAUCGCUAAAUUAAAUUUAAAUAGAUUUAAGUACAUUCCCAAUUUUAUAAAAUAAAAAAAAUAUUG